AUGAAAUCUACGCUGGACACUCCUCUACCUGCUCUAGCGCAUCGUGAGGAGUUAUUAAGCGCUCUAGUAGCUCACCAAGUAGUCAUAUGUGUAGGAGAAACUGGAUCUGGAAAGACUACGCAAAUUCCACAAUUUCUAGACGCCUGUGGAGCUUAUACCGAUGCCAAACGUGAUCCAGGUGGGAUAUCUCAUUGUGUAGCCAUUACACAACCCAGACGAGUCGCUACAGUGUCUGUGGCUCAACGAGUGGCCGAGGAAAUGAAUACAAGAGUCGGAGGUGAUGGUUUUGUAGGUUACUCCAUUCGAUUCGAGUCACGGUGCAGUGACCACACAAGACUCAAGUUUCUGACGGACGGAGUGCUGGUUCGAGAGUGUUUGAACGACCCCUUGCUCCAAAAAUACAGUGUCGUGAUGCUGGAUGAAGCUCAUGAACGCAGUAUUCAUACAGACUUACUCUUUGGUCUGUUAAAACAAGUAAUGCAACGACGACCAGAGUUUCGGGUGCUCAUCACGUCUGCAACGUUGGAUGCCGACAGGUUUGCCGAGUUUUUUGGCCACACAACAUCAAGUGGAGACAAGAAAAAGAAGAAAAAGGUGACAUCGUGUCCUAUUGUAAAGAUCCCUGGACGAGUGUUUCCGGUAGACAUUUUCCAUUCGAAACAGCAGCAGAUCAUGGGACACAGAGGUCCAUUGUCGACGUAUGUACGAUCUGCUGUCGAGACGAUGAUGCAGAUACACAAUAGUGAAGAGCCGGGUCAUAUCUUGAUCUUUCUUACAGGCCAACGUGAGAUUGAAGACGCGUGUGCACAAAUUCGAGCGCUUUAUCGAGACCAGAAUGAGAGACGAAGUGAUGGCAUGAAGCUGCGUGUUUUACCACUGUAUGGUGCUUUGCAAGGCCGAAGACAGCGUGAGAUCUUUGAUGCAGUGUCAGUGGAUUGCGUACGCAAAGUGAUUGUUGCGACGAACAUUGCCGAGACGUCCCUGACUAUUGAUGGAGUUCGAUAUGUUGUGGACUGUGGCUUUACGAAGCAGAAAGUGUAUAAUCCAGUGCAGCAGAUAGAGUCUCUAGUGAUCGUGCCGAUCUCCAAAGUAUCAGCGCAGCAGCGUGCUGGUCGAGCGGGUCGUACGGCUCCUGGAAAGUGCUAUCGUCUUUAUAACAAGGCGUCUUUCGAAGAAUUUGCCCAGGAGACAGUGCCCGAGAUCCAACGCACGAACCUGGCAAACACCGUAUUAUAUCUUAAGCUGCUUGGUAUCCAGGACGUGCUUGGGUUCCCGUAUUUGGACCCGCCUGACAAAGAUUCACUCUUGGACGCGCUAAAGCAGUUGUACGUGCUUGGAGCACUGGAAGCCACUACUGGCAAGGCUACGCCACUUGGUAAACUCAUGGCUGCCUUCCCACUGGAUCCAAAGCUUUCUCGUGCUUUAGUGGAAUCCUUAUUAUUGAAGUGCAGUUAUGAGAUGACGCAAGUGGUCGCAAUGCUUUCUGUGGAGAAUGUCUUCGUCGAGUCUCAUCAAAAGCGGCGGCGGCGUGAUGAAAGCGAAGACGACGGAAACAAGGAAUUCGAUUGGGAGCAUCGCAUGUUGACAUUGAAAGAAGACGGGCUUUUGCACAAAGAUGGAGACCAGCUCACGUUCCGAUUACUACUGGAAGCUUUUGAAGCUAAGUCUCGUGAAAAUCGAAGUUAUCGCCGUGAACUUGAGCUCUGGUGUGAAGAUCGCCAUCUUCGAUUGCGCGCUCUGACGAUGGCUGGGUCCAUUGUGAAGCAGCUCCGUGAUAUCAUUGACUCGCUAUCUCGAUCCGACCUCGAUGCUGUUAAAUCGACAGUGCAUACAAAUGACAACCGAUUGGAUGCGUCGCUCGACGACCGCCUUCGCCAAGCACUCUGCGCUGGUUUCUUCAUGAAUUCGGCGCGUCGGUGUACGAUGGAGACGGUGUAUCGCGUACAGACGUUUCACGACGACGAUGGCCUAAAACCAGCCCAGCUUGUGCAAUUUCAUCCGCUAUCGGCGAUGUGCUACACCGCGCCACCCGAAUUUUGCGUGUACCAGGAGCUCGUAGUCACCAGUAAGCCUUUUAUGCGAUGUGCGUUGGCUGUUGAGCGUCGUUGGCUCGACCAGUACAGCAAAGGCAAACUGAAAGUCUCAACGACACUGUUGUAUGCUCUAUGCGGACGCAAACCUCCCAUUGACGAAAAGGGUGAGGAGCAAGAGAAUCGGAAGCAGCCAAGUGUCAAAUCAUUGGAAGCAAGUUCAUCAGCGGAAACUUCAAAGCUAAUUCCAGUGACUGCUGAUGCCGUUGCUGCGGCCCGUGCACGCUUCUUGGCGCGCAAGAAAUGCUAA